AUGUCACUCAGCUCGAGAUGUGCAGAUAGCGACAUGGCCAAUCGUCUACGGGCCACGGCAGCAACGUUUACACCUUUGGCCUCCCAGAGCGACGCGAAAUCUCCUCACCAUGACGAGCGGCAGACUUAUAUUACCUCCAAGAAUCCAAAUUCUCUAUCUCCAGACGCUCAAGCAGACGAAACGCCAGGUAGCUCCAAUGUCGAAGUAGCAGACGAAUCUGAACUCAAAGUUGCCGAGCGCGAGACCAAGAUAGACUGCACGUUCUGCGCUUCCCUGGGCCAGCCACUCCAAUGCUGCCAGGCUCUCACGCUCUCACAUCCCUGCCCUCACUGCGACGACCUCAGCCAACUCUUCACCCGCAAAACCAAUGAACAUAAAGACGAGAUAGCCACUCUGCACGACAAGCUACAGCGACUGGAAGAAGAGUCACCGGAACAAAAGUUCACCAGGCUAUGCGGCGAAAAGAACACGAAGAUCGAUAUGUUGAAACGCGAAGUCGAGCAGAUCAACAAGGAAGACGAGUCACUGAAGGCAGAAAAUAAGAAGUUGGAGAAGAAGCUAAAGAUGCUUGAGGCGGACAUCAAGAAGUUACAGCCACCUGCGGAGUUUACAGUCAAGGAGAAGAAGACGAAAGGGAAGAAGAAGUAG